AUGAUAUAAUAGAUUAAAAAUUAUUAUUACUUAAAAGAAUUUUUAAACUCUCCACUUUUAUCUCAUUAGGUUCUCCAUAUUGAUCUGAGUCGCAAUAGAAUUGGUACAAUUGGCGUAUUAAACUUAGGUUCUGCUUUAGCAAAUUGCAUUAAUCUUUCAAAUUUGAAACUUAACCUUGAUCAAAAUUUAAUUGAUGACGAAGGUGCAUCAGGUUUAGGUUCUACUUUAGCAAAGUGCUUUAAUCUCUCAAAUUUAACACUUAAUCUUAUUCGAAAUUAAAUUGGUGGCGAAGGUGCAUCAGGCUUAGGUUCUGCUUUAGCAAAAUGCAUUAAUCUUUCAAAUUUGACACUUGAUCUUAGUGAGAAUAAAAUUGGUGAAGAAGGUUUAUCAGGCUUAGGUUAUGCUUUGGUAAAGUGCAUUAAUCUCUCAAAUUUGAGACUUUACCUUGGGUAUAAUGAAAUUGGUGGCGAAGGUGCAUCAGGCUUAGGUUCUGCUUUAUCAAAUAGCAUUAAUCUUUCAAAUUUGAAACUUGAUCUUAGGUAUAAUAAAAUUGGUGACGAAGGUGCAUCAGGCUUAGGUUCUGCUUUAGCAAAUUGCAUUAAUCUUUCAAAUUUGGCACUUUAUCUUUAUGGCAAUAAAAUUGGUGACGAAGGUGCAUCAGGCUUAGGUUCUGGUUUAGCAAAUUGCAUUAAUCUUUCAAGAUUGAAUCUUAACCUUGAUCAAAAUUAAAUUAGUGACGAAGGUGCAUCAGGCUUAGGUUCUGCUUUAGCAAAUUGCAUUAAUCUCUCAAAUUUGACACUAUCCCUUUCUUAUCAUUAAAUUGGUGAGGAAGGUGCAUCAAGCUUAGGUUCUGCUUUAGCAAAUUGCAUUAAUCUUUCAAAUUUGACACUUGAUCUAACUGACAAUAAAUUUGAUGGCGAAGGUGCAUUAGGCUUAGGUUCUGCUUUAGCAAAUUGCAUUAAUCUCUAAAAUUUGACACUUUCAUUUUUUCGAAAUUAAAUUGGUGACGAAGGUGCAUCAGACUUAGGUUCUGCUUUAGCAAAGUGCUUUAAUCUCUCAAAUUUGACACUAUCCCUUACGUUCAAUGAAAUUGGUGGCUAAGGUGCAUCAGGCUUAGGUUCUGGUUUAGCAAAUUGCAUUAAUCUUUCAAGAUUGAAUCUUAUACUUUAUGGCAAUCAAAUUGGUAAAGAAGGUGCAUCAGGCUUAGGUUCUGCUUUAGCAAAGUGUAUGAAUCUCUCAAAUUUGACACUUGAUCUUUGUGACAAUAAAAUUGGUGACGAAGGUGCAUUAGGCUUAGGCUCUACUUUAGUAAAUUACAUUAAUCUAUCAAAUUUGGCACUUUAUCUUAAGUUCAAUGAAAUUGGUGUCGAAGGUGCAUCAGGCUUAGGUUCUGGUUUAGCAAAUUGCAUUAAUCUUUCAAGAUUGAAUCUUAACCUUGAUGGAAAUUAAAUUGGUGACGAAGGUGCAUCAGGCUUAAGUUCUGCUUUAGCAAAGUGUAUGAAUCUCUAAAAUUUGACACUUGAUCUUUGGUAAAAACAGUUUAUUUAUUUUGGAUUGUGA